CAACACUCCGGUGUUCCAAAGAAAGGGGACGUCCUAUUCCAGAUGGCGGAGGUCCACCGGCAAAUCCAGAACCAGUUAGAGGACAUGCUGAAAUCCUUCCACAAUGAGUUGCUGACGCAGCUCGAGCAGAAGGUGGAACUGGACGCCCGGUACCUGAACGCCGCUCUGAAAAAAUACCAAGUGGAGCAGAAGAACAAAGGGGACGCCUUGGAAAAAUGUCAGGGGGAGCUGAAGAAACUGAGGAAAAAGAGUCAGGGUAGCAAGAAUCCUCAGAAAUACUCCGACAAAGAAAUGCAG